GGGAUGGAAUUUUUAGCGGGGGACGGAAGGAUGCGCGGAGGGAUGGAAUGUUUACCGGGGGAUGGGAGGAUGCGCGGAGGGAUGGAAUGUUUUCCGGGGGACGGAGGAUGCGCGGAGGGAUGGAAUGUUUGCCGGGGGACGAAAGGAUGCGCGGAGGGAUGGAAUGUUUGCCGGGGGGACGGGAGGAUGCGCGGAGGGAUGGAAUGUUUGCCGGGGGACUGAAGGAUGCGCGGAGGGCUCCGCGCAGGGGCGGCUCCACCGCAGCGCAAGGGGCGGCCCCACGGGUGGGGCCGGGGCGCGGGGCGGAGCGGGGAAGGGGGGGGUGUUGACACCACCGAGUUACCUUGUUCUUUUUCAGACCACUGGGCCUGUUUGUUGAUGUCAUUGUUUUGCCAGGGUUUGCGGUUUGAUCUUUCGUCUGUCUUGUGCACUUUGUUAUUGGUAUUGCUGUGGUUACAUCCCGUUGCUGUUUCUUAUCUUAGCCUGUGUGAUCUUUACUUUUUGUGCCUCCAAUUCUCCUCUCCAGCCUGCCUCGGGGGAGGGUAGGGCUGUGAGCAAUUGGUCUGGGAUGUUUCAAUGUGAGCAUUUAAUUGGGGAAUGUCAUUCCUAACCAAGACAUCAGCACAAUUUUGUUGCCGUGCAAAUCUGAGGGGGUGAAGCCGGGACAGUGCAGAGAGUCACCCCUACAUCCAUCCAGGCACUGCAAAGCUCCCCUCAGCAGCUCUCCCCACCUGCAGCCAUUUCAUCAAAACCACAGGUGGAGAAAUGGGGAUCAGAGCCUGGAAAAACAGAUCUGUGGCUUCUCCCUCUUCCCUUUGCAGGUUUAUAUUGUGUCAGGAAACCGAGUCAAAGCAGCCAGAAGCCCAAGAGUGUCUGACCAGCAGUGACCUGGCAGGGACACAGUGCCAUCAGAGUGCCACCAGGCUGCUUCAUCCUCACUGGGGUGUGCUGAGCACAGGCUGUGCUUGUCCUUGUUCCUUGCCUCGCAGCCAGCACCUGUCCCACCUGCAGCUGGGGAUGCUGGACUCAAGCCUGGCCCUGCAGGAGUGGCCAGCAAUGGCAGGGACAGUGCUGGGAACAGCUUGGUGGCCCUGGAGUGGCCUCGGUGCCCAGGCACAUGGCAUGGUUGGAGGCAGGGAGAUAUGGAUAGCAUUACCCUAUCCACAAAGACAGUCAGAGAAUGAAAUCGUGCACGGCUGUGCAUACACGGGUGUUUACUGUGAUUCUUUGCCUUCUCUACUCUCUCUGCGAGCACCUGCCCAUUCCAUGAUUUUCUUGAACUAUGUGCUUGAGGUAAGCACAUAGUUCAUUUUCCUUCAUUUUCUCUCCUGUCAAAGCCAUCACUCCUUUUCCCUGUGCUGUGAAACCUCACCUCUCCCCUGCCCACUCCCCACAUUGCCCUCGCUUACCCUCAGCCCAUCCGAGCGCGUCUUCCCGAUCCCAUGGAGAGCAUAUGCAUGUGCCACACGUGCGUGCACAAGCUCACGCACCCUCCCGGGUGUACACACACAUAUUCACACACAUAUUCAUAAACAUAUUCACAUACACACGCGCGAGCACACCCCGGCCCUGACACGCUCGUCCCCGCCCGGUCCCCGCCCGGUCCCCGCCCGGUCCCCGCCCGGUCCCCGCCCGGUCCCCGCCCGGUCCCCGCCCGGUCCCCGCCCGGUCCCCGCCCCGGUCCCCGCCCCAGCGGCGCGGGCGGAAGCGCUCGGGGAUGGAGCCGCCGGCCAUGGAGGGGCCGCUGCUGGUGCAGCACAGCCACAAGUUCGGCACCAAGCGCUGGAAGCGCGGCUGGUCCGCGCUUUACCCCGCCAGCCAGCACGGCGUGGCUCGCCUGGAGCUGUUCGACUGCAAGGAGCCCUCGGCCGGGCGAGCAGGGACCCGGCGGCUCGCCCGGACCGUGGUGCGCCUCAGCGACUGCACCAGCGUGGCCCCGGUGGGCGAGGGCGGCCCCCGCGCCGGCACCGCCGCCUUCCGCCUGGAGACCCGCGACCGCAGCUUCCUCUUCGCGGCCGAGAAGCAGCAGAGCGAGGAGUGGGUGGCGAAGCUGUGCCAGAUCGCCUUCCCGGGAAAUGGCCCCAGCGAUGGCGUGGUGGCACAGUAUGGCCGAGAGGGCAGCGGGGAGUCACCGGCCCUGGAGAUGGCCGUGAACUCCAUCUACUACUCCAGAGAUGAAGUGAACACCUUCUGGGUGACGGUGCAGCGGACCGAGGCCGCGGAGCGCUGUGAGCUGCGUGGCACCUACGUGCUCAAGGCUGAGCGUGACAGCCUCGUCCUGAAGGACCCACGGACGGACAAGAUCCUCUACGUCUGGCCCUACCGGCUGCUCCGGAGAUACGGCCGGGACAAGGUGAUGUUCUCCUUUGAGGCUGGCAGGCGCUGUGACUCAGGACCUGGAAACUUCACCUUCGAGACCAAGCAGGGCAACGAGAUCUUCCGCCUGGUGGAAGCUUCCAUCCAGGAGCAGAAGGCUCAGGUGGAGGAGAACCGGCAGAGCUGCGACUCGCUGGAAGCCGACAGCCCCGGCGUGCUGCAGAUCCGCCAGGCCCUGGCUGACAACCUGAACCUGGAGCUGCCCGCUGAGGGGGAUGACACCCUGGCACCCAAAGCAGGGCUGGCACCCAGGGCCGGUGCAGCAGCAGCAGAGGAGAGAGAUGCCACAUCUCUGCUGAAGGGCCGGACUCUGCCAGAGCUGCCCGUGCCCCCGGCCAAGCCCACGGUGUCCAGCACCCCUCCACGCUCCCCUCUGCCCAAGGCGCUCCGUGCUGUGCCGCCGGCCGAGGACCCAUCCAGCGUGUACUCGGAGCCCCUGGACUCGGUGAAGGGCCUGCAGCCGUGGCCGGACCCGCUGUACUCGGACCCUGUGGACAGCAAGGCCAUGAGCGCGGCCAAGGAGGAGCCGAAGCCGCGGCUGCCGGUGCCGCCGUACUCGGGCGCGUACGAGCAGGUCCGGGCUGAGGGGCAGAGCCGGCCCGAGGGGCAGAGCCGGGCUGAGGGGCAGAACCGGGCUGAGGCUCGUGGCCAGGCUGCCCCUGGGCGCAAGGAGCACAUCUACGACGAGCCCGAGGGCCGCGCUCCCCGCUCACUGCAUCCCUUCACCUACAUCUACGACGAGGCGCGGCCCACGAGCGAGGCCUGGCGCACGCAGGGCCACGAUGGCAAGGGGGGCUAUGAGUACCCCUACAACCCCAGCACUGACGAUUACUCGGUACCGACCUUCCCGGCCAAGGCCAAGAGCCCCAAGCCAGUGCCAGCCCCCAAGCCCCAGGCGGUCUUUAUCCCCAAAGGGGCAGAACGGGUGGAGGAUCCUGGCAGGCGAUGGGGCGGCGCUGCCCUUGAGAAGGUGCUCACCAAACCCAGCCUCAACAGCAGCAACAACAAUAACGUGGAGGUGCUGUACAGCCAGGUGGUGAAGCCCCAGCAGCUGCAGAAGAAGGAGCAGUGUGUGGAUGAGUACAGCUUGUCGCCUCUCUAUGAGGACUUAGGGGAGAUAUAAGCUGCUGCUGCUCUGUCUGUAUCCCAACAGGGACUGGGCAUCCCGGUGCCAGCUGGGCUUCUCCUCCCCAGGAUGACUUGGGGCUGUCUGGGCUCGGGCAAAGCCCCUUUUCUCACCAGUGCUGAGGGGCUGUGUUUCUCUGGAGGGAAACAGCGAGGGAGCUGUGGCUGGUGCAAGCCCCCAUGUGUUUCUCCAGCUCUGGAGCUGGCUCCACUGUGCCUUCUGAUCUGCAGGAAGGCUGGUAUUUUCCUGUACCUGCUGCUCUGGCUCUGCUCUGGCUUCCUGUCUGACCAGGCUGCAGGGCUCUGGUGCCUUUUGUGGUGUGUGGAAGGCUGCUUGCUAUCAGUCUCCAAAAAGUAUUUUUAUACAAAGUUAUUUUAAUAUUAAAGUCUGUAUGUCUCAGAA